UGCGAUCUUGCUCGAAUCAGAGUAUCGAAACAGUCGCUCCGUUUCGCAUAAACGCAAAGCCCUGCCCACUUUUCCCCGCAAGGCAUUCCCGAUUUGGGAGUAGCUCGUUAGACUUUUUACGGGGCAGCCCGGGGUUUCCCCUCAACGAAUCAUUUGCGCCACAGCGGGGUCGAGUCCCCUAUUCAGCUGUUUCCUGUGUUGCUCUUCAUUCCUUACAUCCUGUAUCAAUACAUUUCAAGACAUCUGUCGACGUUCGGUAAAUAUUUACGGUCCAUCCCGAACUCCAAAAACUUGAGAUCCGACCACACUGAUCGGCUUUCUUGUUUAAACUCUAAAACUGCUUCAUCUUUUUCGACAUCAUAUAAAGCCUUAUUGGUAGAAUCGCUUUUUCUCGCCUCUGUGUCAUUAUCUAUCUACUUCUCCAGAUAAGCAAACACUCACCAACUUUCUGCACCGGCUGAACCCCCAAUUUUCGACAACUACUUGCAUUACGCCCUCAAGAUGGCCUGGAAGAUCACAGAAGACCGUCCGACGCCGCCACAAGUGUAUAACUGGAGACUGUACAUUGCUGCUCUCUUAAUCGCAUGGGGUGCUAUCACUUUUGGUUACGAUGGUGCAUUCAUGGGUACGACCAUUGCUCGUUCAUCAUUCAAAGCAUACUUCGGCCUUGAUACACUCUCCUCCGGCGAAUAUGCCAAUGUCUCUUCCAAUGUCACUUCUUGUUUCCAAGCCGCUGCCUUUUUUGGUGCCGCCUUCUCCUGGGCUCUCAUGGAGUCAUACGGUCGAAAGAUGACCUUGCAAAUCUCAACAGUGGUUUUUAUCGUUGGUGCCAUCUUGCAAACAUGUCCUCCCAAGAACUUGAGUUACAUCUACGGUGGAAGAUCCCUUUGUGGUUUGGCUGUUGGUGGUAUCACCGGUACUGUUCCUGCCUACAUUAGUGAACUUUCUGUUCCGAGUAUUCGAGGACGAUUGACUGGUCUCUUCGAGAUUGCUUAUCAGCUUGGUUCCCUCGUCGGCUUCUGGGUCAAUUAUGGUGUCUCUGAGCACAUAAACCUCGACAGCGACGUUACUUGGCGUCUUCCUAUGGGUAUCCAGUUGAUUCCUGCUGGUAUCCUUAUGGCUGGUUCAUUCUUCCUCAAAGAGUCUCCUCUCUUCUACUUGAAGAAGGAUCAAGACGAGAAGGCACUUUCAGUUCUUACCUACCUUCGAAAUCUCCCCGAAGACCACCCCUACAUCCAGGAGGAGAUUUCCCUCUACCGUGAACGUAUCCUCCACGAGCGGGCGGUCGUCUCUGGCAAGCCCGGUCUGUGGGGCUAUCUUCGCGGUGCAGGCAAGGCAGUCAUCCUAAAGGGUAUUCGAAACCGUAUGGCACUUGCUUUCAUUAUGUUUGCGCUCCAGAAUUUCUCAGGUGCCAACGCCAUCAACUACUAUUCCCCCACUUUGUUCGGGUCCCUCGGUAUCACUGACGUCAACCUUUACACCGGUAUCUAUGGAUUGGUCAAAGCUGUCGGCUCCAUCAUCUUCUACGUCUACUUCAUCGACAUGUGGGGUAGAAGGCAGCCUUGGAUGGUCUCUUCGGUCGCUUGUGCUCUCUGCUUGAUCUACGUUGGCGCCUACGUUAAAAUUGGUCACCCUGCCGACCAAGAGGUCAUUUCCCACUCCACCAAACAGGGUGGUACCGCUGCCACUACCUUGAUCAUGUUCUACUCUGUCUUCUGGUCCUUCGGUGCUAACGGUCUUCCUUGGAUCGUCACUUCUGAGAUCUACCCUCUUGGUAUUCGUGGUCUUUGUGGUGCUUAUGCUGCCAUGUGCCAAUGGCUUUGGCAGUUCGUUAUCACUAAGACUACACCUGACAUCUUCCUCGCUAUGGGCUGGGGUACUUGGAUCUUCUUCGCUGGCUGUCUUAUGCUCAGUGCCGUCUGGGCCUACUUCUUCCUCCCCGAAACCAAAGGUCUUCGUCUCGACGAAAUGGAUGCCCUCUUCGGUUUCACAGGUGAAGAAAAAUCAGGGAUCCUUCACCCUGACUCUGUUCACGACCCUCAGGCGAGAAAAUUGCAACGUCCGUCUCACGAGGAGGAGAUCUCCACAAAAAAGCUUGAAGAAGUGUAAAUUAGCAUUUAUCGUUACUUGAAUCAUAUAUGCCAGCAAUCGGGCUUAGAUCUAGAGUGUAAUACAAUAUCUAUGUAGUCAAAAGGUGACAUUGGAUGCUUCGCAAGAUCGAGUUGUGGAAUAAAAGAUUUUAUCUACCAACACUUGUUUCAAUCUAAUGCAUCGCCUGAAUAUUAUUUCAAUCUGUUCCAUGUCUUGGGGGUGUGUGGCAACUAAGGAUAAUGCAAAACUGGCUGUCUUAUCGAGCAGUUUUAUAUAAGUCUUAGUGGUCUGAGCCGAAUACAUAUUACGUCG